AUGCUUGCAAAGGUGGAGUAUGGGGGAGUGCAGAAGUAUGUCAAAGUUCCAGAAAGUGAUGGAUGCUUUCAUUUCCACCAGUUUCUUAAAGAUGUUAUGGACAAGUUCAGCUUGCAGCCUCAAUUCUUCACAGAAGGUGUACUCAUCCUCACUGAUACCUCUGACACCGAAGUUGACGCAGACAUUUUUGAUGAGCUGGUAAAGUCUGGAGUUCGAGCUUUCAAAGUUGGAUAUAGAAUGCAGACAGAAACAGACAUUGAGAUCAGUGUGGUUGACGAUGAAUCAGAGUCAUCGGUACAGCCAAUCCCUCUUGCCCUCCUGACAUCGCCAGUUUCAUUGUCAGAUCAUCCAUCGCCCCCAGCUUCUACCAGUUCAUCAGAUUCAACUAUAAUCCUCAAAAGUACAAAGAACAGGAAGAAGGGCCUACAAGAGCUUGAUCGCGAUGAAGCAAAGCAGAAGGUGUGUAGUGUCCUGAGCUCAAACCCAAAGGGUGAAGAAAUUUUCAAUGAAUACGACAAAACUAAAACACUGUCAGAUCCAACUCGCCGACAAAUGGUCAACAUACUGGUUGCAGAUAUGAUAGAAUCACACGGGAGGAUUCCACCCAUAAGUGUUCGGACUAACUAUGCACUGGGAAUUGCAACGCUUUUUCCAUAUCUCCAAGAUCCUUACUCAAAAAAUGGCUAUGAACAUUACUAUGAUCCGGAGGCUAAUACUGGCUAUCUUGCUUGGAGACUCAAGACUGUCCAACGCAAUACCUAUGAUGGUGCUAGUGGGUGUCACAGGCCAAACUUCCAGAACAGUCCAACAACCCGAAGAGAAUCUUUGUUUGUUAGUGGACAGCUUUUUGGUGAGGAGUGCAGAGAGGCUCUGUCUGUUAUUAGACACUCAACAGAUAGGUCUGUGGUUAAAGAGAAGAUGAAAGCUACUUUUGAAUAUAGACAGAAGCUGGUACAUGACCCAGAUGCAACAUCAUCAAUCUUGGAUGUCUUCCCUCGUUUCCUUGAUACACCGGGGUUGAUUGAUCAGGAUUUUGCAAUGAUGCUUGGAGAUGAGGCCUCUGGAAGAUUUCUUACAAAGUGGUCUUCGUAUUUCAAGCAAAAAAUCAUCGCAGAAAGCCAAAGUCUUCCAUCAAGUCCUUGUGUUGAGGAGUUACGAGCAUCUUUUGAUACGGAGGCUUCAAAUGACUGGGGCUGGGAUAGUGACAUGGCAGCUCUUCUGUUGUUGCUGCAGCCCUUCCUUCUCUGCAUUGGUGAGCAAAAGAAGAACAUUCAGAGGUUCUUCAUCAUUGUAGACCAGAAAGCUAUCCCAUGUGAUGCUCCAACUUCAGUGGCUGCUUUUGAUGGGCUUUUCAAAGCACACUUUGUCUUCAGCCUCUCAUAUGAUGAAGCUCUUUCCAGUUUCUACACCUUCAUUCAAACCACAAUCUACAACAUUGAUGUUGGAAACACAAAAGAAAGCCCUCGAGUCAAGGAACUGAGAGCACGUCUGCUGCGAGACCGUUAAAUGCCCGCAAGG